AAUUAAAGAAAAAGACGAAAAUGCAGCAAAAACAGGAGAACACGCAAACAAAGAAUCUACUUCCUAUAGCUACUCUUGCCCUGAAAAUCCCAACGUCAAUUUUACGAUACUACCCAGCAUUGAGAGAGCAACGUUUCCUUCUUUCAAAGCUUACAUUGAAUGUGUCGAAAUUGAAAAAUAUAAUGCAUUCUUUAUUUUAACUGCUGAAAAAUUUAGUAAAAGGCAUUUGAUUUUUGCCAAAAAUCUUCAGUCCAAAAAGAAGCCAUUCUUUUUCAUUCGAACCAAGAUCGAUAAAGAGAACCAUCCCGAAAAACGGGAAAAAGAAAUUAAUGAAGAGAAGUUGGUUGAGGUGAUCAAGACGAUUCUUGUUGAAAAUUUAAAAGAGUUUGAUUUUGAAAAGAAGGAAAUUUAUUUUAUAAGUAAUUAUCACCCGGACAAAUGGGAUUUUGACAACCUCACGGAAGCAAUCACAGAUGCUUUACCUGAUCCUCAAAAGAAGUGUUUUAGCACGAUGCUGGAGAAUAUUCAAAAGUUAAUUGAUACGGAGAACUUUGAGAAUUUCCUAAAAGGUACCAUGCAUGAUGCGGUAAAUUAUGUAUUUUUCAUAAAUCUCAUUGUAUAAUUCUCAAGUAUAGAAGUGCUAGUCGUAUACGUAUAGAAAUGCCAAUCGUAAUAACAUAUAUGUUAUUUACCGACUGGGAUGUCCGUACUGAACAAUAUUUUCCCGAGGUCUCAGAAACGGCCCGAGAUCAAAGAUCAAAAGUCGAGGGGCAAUCACACGAUACAGAACUCUCGCACACGCAUUACGGGCUUCUCACGUAUCGCGCCAAAACGAACCGAGGAGCGAAAACAAUUUUCAAACUGAAAAAUAUUAUUUAAAAAUUUGAAAAACCCUUCCUAUCGAUACUAAAGAUAGAAGUAAUGUUACCUCGUUGAUUAAGCGAUGGAAAUAAUUAUAGUGAUAUUCAAUUGAAGAGCGAUGUAUAAGAGCGGGUGUGUGAGCGUAUGUGGGAGCAAAAAAAGAACAAGAAAGUUAUUUUGAAAAAUAUUUAUUUUGAAAAGUGCAGAAAUAUUAAAAACGUAUAAAAAUUAACUGUCUUUAAAACGUCAGUGUUUAAUGUUUCUAUCUAUUUAGCAGUCCGUGUAAAAACCGACCACUCGAAUUUCUUAAGAUUACAGAAUUCCUUCAUACUUUAUGUGUGGAAGAAGUCAUUCAUAAAAUGAACAAAAAACGUUGACUUUGGAAUUGUAGUCAGUUUUUAAAUUGUUUUCGCAAUAAUUUUCGGACGCGUUCGAAAACAAGUUAAAAAACAUUAAUUACGCAAGCGAUAUUUGAGCUUUUUUAUAUCUCACAGUUCAUCUCGCGCUUUUAUUCUAACUUCUUGAAAUUUAUAUAUUUUAUUAUUUCCUGCCUGGGCAUAAACCUACACUAAAAAAUUAUCCUGAUCACUUGAAGCAAACAGAAUAUUGUGAUUUUUAAAAACUCCUUGCAGACAGCGGAUUAAAUAUUAGUGUUGGUAUGCCGACGGUAAAUUUUUUUCUCAAAAGUGCAACGGUAUCAUGCAGGAAUCCAAUCUAUUGCAGCUACUGAGUAUUAUGACACAUCUGCUAGAAUAAAGAAUACAAUCUUUGGGCAGUGUGUUUUUCGCCUGACAAGCGCGCAGGGACAUCGCGAAGCCAUCAACAUUGGCCGGGGGGAGGGGGCGUCAUGUUUUGACCAACAUUUCGUGGAUUUUGACCAAAUCAGAUUAGUAUAAAACUAGUUUUUCGUAUCAGAUUAAUAUGAAACCAUCAGAUUAAUAUGAAACUGGUUUUUCGUAUCUCUGAGGAUGGUUCUAAAAUUGAAACACUGCGCGUCCUCUAAGACAAGCGUUAAGUCGUCACGAAAAUAUUUCGUGCACUUAAAUUGGAUAAAACUCGCUACCAAUUCCUGUUGACUCGAUAGCUCAAUAGGUAGAGCAGCGGUCUAGAUACCCGAAGAUGCGAGUUCAAAUCCCGCUCGAGCCAACAAAUUUUUCGUUGCUCGAUUGCAGUGUCAGAUUAAUAUGAAACUAGUUUCUUUUAUGCAUUUAUAAUGAAACCAGAUUAAUAACCUGCAUGGUGAACGUAAAAAUCUAAUUGCAAACAAUCGAUUGAAAUUGGUGUACCAAACAUAACAUUUUUCUUAAUUUAUCGUGUAGAGUCAAAGGCACGAGAUAAGGAUGUGAAAAAGUUUUUUCCCAGCAAAAAUGAAAUCAAACAGUUAUUCGUGGGAACUGGAAUUGUGGGGGUACAGCGCAUGAUGCAUGCAAAUCUAAAUGGAUGGGAAAACGUUACAAUAAAUCUUGCCAUUCUUGGAGAUUCUGGUGUUGGAAAAUCAAGCUUUAUUAAUGCAAUUAGAGGGUAA